CAUAUCUCCUCUCCACAUCCACAUCGUUCGCUUAUCUGUACCACACUGGCAGAUAUAUGCAUUCACUCCGCGUGGCGUUGCGUGCGGAAUGAGGUUUGGCAGGCGACACUGAUGUCCAUCAAAGGAUGCACCACCCUAUGUAAGAACAAAAGCGUGCAGUGGCAUGGUCACGAAAACGUCCGCCACUUGUAUAUGACACGAUUCAGGACCAUUCAGAUUCUGCGGAGAGCAAGCCCGCAGCCCAGUUGUGUACUUCCGUCGUCGAUUCAGCCAGCUCUCAAGUACACGCUGUGCGUUGAAGUGCGUGUGGCAUCACGUAGAUCAAUGCCGCCGAGCAUGUGCGCAGCCGUAACCAAGCCUCAAAAUGCACACACCCUCUUACAGUGCGGGAUGCUGCCUAUUACAGCACACGGAUCUAAUGGCAACGCAGCUCACAGUGUGCAUGUAUGCUGCGAACAUCACCGUUGGACACCUCAAAGGCGAACCCUUGAUGUCGCCGUAUGCGACGGUCGCGGGCAGCCUUCCCUGCAGCCACAUGGCAUCGUUAGCAGAUCAAAUCCACCUUACGAAGUCUAAACCUGCAGUCAG